AGGUUCUUUGCCCAAGUGGGUAGUGAAUAAAUCCUCGCAGUUCCUGGCUCCGAAGGCCAUGAAGAAGAUGUACAAGGCUUGCUUGAAGUACCCGGACUGGAAGCAGAAACACAACCCCCACUUCAAGCCCUGGCUCUACCCGGAGCAGGGCACGCUGCCCACGGUGGGUCUCUCCGAGCUCUCCAUCCAGCACGCCGCCUCCCUCGAGAACAUCGACGAGAGCAGCUUAUCCGAGACCAAAGACGACCGGGCCGAAGGGAGCGACGAGGAUAGCGUCAACUGAGGGGCGGGGGUGGCGGCAGCGGCCGUCUCGGGGCUCUACCCUGGCCGGGUCUCUCGUAGCGUCUCCCUACCUGGGCUUCUGUUUUGUCUGUGUAACCCAUGCCGUUUGUGUUUGGGGAAGAAAUACUGCAAAAAAAACACAAAACCCCUCAAAAAAGACCUUCCCUCCCACACACCAUCACAGAAUAAGUAAACUAGGGAGGCCAACUGUGGACUGGGGGGCUCCUGAAACCCGAGGAGGGUGGGGUUAUGGAAGGGGAGGGACCCCCCUUGGGUAUAAUACCAUACAGCCCAC